CUAAAUUAUUACUCACUGUUUUUUUUACAUAUAAUUUCAGUUAUCGUGACCAACACUGAUAUAGUCAUGUCGGAAUCAGCUGAAAUUGCUGUGACAGUUGUAACGUCAGUGCUUAUCAUCACAAGUAUCGUAGGAAACUCUCUUGUUUGUGCCGUUAUUAAGAAGAAUCGAGACAUGAGGUAGAGAACUAUUCAGCAAUGACACCACAUACUCCCUUCAACCACUUGAUGCCAAACAAUUUUUUUACUAUGAAUGUAUCUUGCAGAAUUUACCAUCAAUGCCAUCAAUGAGCCCAAUUGCCAAUUUUUCGCGCGACGAUAAGGCACCUUGUUUACCCCAAAAAAUUUUACCUGACCAUUUUUUCCAAUUAAUGAUAAAUUUAAAUGACCGUUUUCACCGAUGCACACAAUUUUUUUUGUGGAGAGGGGUAAACAAGGUGCAUUAUGGCCUCAGUAGAAAUGGUGAAUUGAUUAUUGAGAAAAGCAACGUAUUGUGAAACUCACAAAACCCUGAACACCAGAAAUAUUUAUGGAAUGCUAUUGUGUUGCGAGAAAUAAGCCAAUAAGGCACGAGAUAACUAAACCGCAAACAGCAACAGUCAUUUAUUUGUGGUUUUGAGGUUUGCUUGCGUAUCCUUAACUUUAUUGUGAUUGGCCAGUACAGGUCAGUACACAAUCAACAUCCCUGAAAUUUUUCAGGUGUUUACGGUUUUCUGAGUGUGACAGUAACGUAAUUACAUCACUGUAUUCAAGUUUUGAUAAAUCUGUAAUUUCUUUUCGCCGUUUGUCGGUAAGGAAUAAUUCCUGAAGUAUGACAUGGUAUGCCAUACUUACGUACAUACAUAUACCAUAUUUAUCCUCGAAUUCAGAGUAGUUAAAUAUAAGCUAUAAUUUUCGAGUUACAAGUAUAGUUCCAAAUAUCACUAAAAGUUUGAAAUUAUAAUGUCGCCUGUCACAAUACGUUGCGUUUUUUCAUCAUUUGUUUUCACAGAAAUCCCAUAGAUUAUCUACUGGUGAACCUUGCAGUGGCGGAUAUCAUCUAUACAACAUUUAGUUUACCAGGCAUUGUGUUAACACACACUAACAGUCACCCAGGGGGAGUGACGGGCAAGGUGUUGUGCAUAGUACUGACAAAGGGAAUCUUUGCGUGGGUUGGGGCUUUUUCUUCAGUAUUAACUCUAAAUGCCAUUGCCAUAGAACGCUACCUAAGCGUUAUACAACCCCUCGGCAGCAAAGCAAAUCUUACCAUGCGCAGACUAAAGGUAAGUUGAACUUCCAAAACCUUGCAGCACCUAGCUAGUGUAAUAUCAUUGAUAGGCGAAUCAGUUUUUUUACAUUUUUGCUCCAUAAACAUAUCCUUAUGAUUAAUCUGAGCUCGAUAUACCAAAUACGUUUUGAAGACACUUUCAAAAAAUGUAUGAGCUCUUUGCUCCCAGCAAUUUCGCAGCUUUUGAUUCCUGAUAUUCCUCUGUUAUUGAUUACAAAGAACUGAAAAUUGCUCAAAUUGCUCCAAUAAAGUAGCUCUUUUAACCUUUGAACUAAAGUUGUGAAUACGACUUUAUUCGGGAAUAAAGGUUUCAUCAAUUAAUCUUUAGCAAGGGGCUGUAAAAAUUUAAGAAGCUGAGGAAGAAUUUGAAGAAUCUCAUGAUCAAAGCAUCGUUUAACGAGACAUCUUUUUAGAUUAGCUUUAGAUUAAAACAUAAAAUUAAAACAUAUCUUUUUACAUUAAAACUUAUUUAGAUUGGCUUUUAAGUAGUUUUAACUUGAUUUUAUUCUCAUUCUAUUUGCGUUCGAGGUACGAGAACGCAACCCCUAAUUUGUGUUGGGUGUUCUGUGCAUCAUUGGGCGUCCUGUGCAAAUAAUAGGAGAGAUUUUUUUGAGAUUGCAUUCGUCUUCGUCGUCGACACACAUUUGCCUCGCUUUGAGGCGCUUGGUUACGUUUUGCCUCACUUUAAGGCGCCAACUCACGUGGUGAUUCGUGUGUCCUUGGCGUUCAUCUUUCAAACGUUUGCUGAGGUCUGCUAUUCUGUCUUCGUAAAUCGUUCAUCUUUUAAAAGGGUGGUAAAUCUUCGUAAAGUAUACAUAUUUAAGAGUUUGCUGAAGGCCUACUGUCGAUCUGUGUUUAAUGAAUCUUCCAAAGCGUUCAUCUUUCAAAAGUGUACUGAAAGUUUACACCUUGAGUAAAAUUUUACUUUGGAUUAGGCCUUCUUAUUUUUCUUUGGAAAAUGCGUGCUACUUCUGGUGCAUGCAUCAAACCGGGUUGUUUAGCUCGGCGUCCGUUGUGCCACAAAGUAAAUUUACCGGCGAGUCGUGAAGCUCAGCGUCUGUUGUGCCACAAAGUAAAUCUACUGAGUUGUGUAGCUAGGCGGCCGUANAAAACUAAAACAUAUCUUUUUACAUUAAAACUUAUUUAGAUAGGCUUUUAAGUAGUUUUAACUUGAUUUUAUUCUCAUUCUAUCUGCGUUCGAGGUACGAGAACGCAACCCCUAAUUUGUGUUGGGUGUUCUGUGCAUUAUUGGGCGUCCUGUGCAAAUAAUAGGAGAGGUUUUUUUGAGAUUGCAUUCGUCGUCGUCGUCGACACACAUUUGCCUCGCUUUGAGGCGCUUGGUUACGUUUUGCCUCACUUUGACGCGCCAACUCACGUGGUGAUUCGUGUGUCCUCGGCGUUCAUCUUUCAAACGUUUGCUGAGGUCUGCUAUUCUGUCUUCGUAAAUCGUUCAUCUUUUAAAAGGGUGCUAAAUCUUCGUAAAGUAUACAUAUUUAAGAGUUUGCUGAAGGCCUAAUGUCGAUCUGUGUUUAAUGAAUCUUCCAAAGCGUUCAUCUUUCAAACGUGUACUGAAAGUUUACACCUUGAGUAAAAUUUUACUUUGGAUUAAGCCUUCAUAUUUUUCUUUGGAAAAUGCGUGCUAGUUCUGGCGCAUGCAUCAAACCGGGUUGUUUAGCUCGGCGUCCGUUGUGCCACAAAGUAAAUUUACCGGCGAGUCGUGAAGCUCAGCGUCUGUUGUGCCACAAAGUAAAUCUACUGAGUUGUGUAGCUAGGCGGCCGUAGUGCCACAGAGUAAAUCUACCGAGUUGUGUAGCUCGGCGGCCGUUAUUCCACAAAGCAAAUCUACCGAGAUGUGAAGCUCGGCAGCGGCCGUUAUUCCACAAAGUAAAUCUACCGAGAUGUGAAGCUCGGCAGCGGCCGUUAUUCCACAAAGUAAAUGUACCGAGGUGUGAAGCUCGGCGGCACCAUUUCAUCACAACUUGUGAUAUUUUCGGCACUGGAGAAACGAACAUUUUAGCUCUAUGUUAUUUAUUCGCAAAAACGUGACCAGCCCACAGUAGCGCCACUCAAGCCACUGAAAUCAAUACACUCGACCAAAUUACUGGAAAAGUUAUUGAAGUGAGCCGCACACACAUGCCACUGAAGGUUUUGAUGAUUCCCUUGAAACGUGUAAAAUUGAGAGGUGUUGUGUAAGUGAACUAGUGUUCAAACGCAUCAUUGUGCCCUUGCAUUCACCGCAAAAAUGUGGUCUUGGGUCGUUCUUUAAUAUCAUCACAACUGAUCACAAGUUAAGAGGCCGAAGCACCCUGGCCAGUGUCUCCUCAAAUAACAAGCACUUGAGACGAACCGUACGAUAUCACUCUGAUCCCUCACUAGCCUUCAAAACCUUUUCAUAACCGUACACAGUUUAAAUCGAGUUAAAUCGAGUUAGUUCAGUUAAAUCGAGGUUUCUCUGUACGCAACCCUUACGUUCAAAAUAUGCCAUAAUCAUAGUUAUCUAUUGUAAGGACCAUCCACCCUUUCCCCUCAACUGCUACCUGUACGCCUAGCAAACAUAUCGAACGCAUUCUCCUAAUCUCCGAUUACUCCUAGUUUAUUUAUGUAUUUUUAUCAGCAUUUUUACUCUCAAUCGGUGUCAUCUUUCAUAGUCGAUAUCACAGAUAUAUUUUAUAAAUUUUAAUUAGAUCUAAUUAGCAUGACCGUAAAGCGCUUUCGAUCAUUUAUACAUGUAUGUUAAAAGGUGCUAUAGUAAAUUUAUAAUUUAUUAUUAUCAUUAUAACUACUAUCAUUAUUAUAAUGAGUAGAAAUUACAGAUGUGUGAAAUUUUUCUCCGACGAAUGCUCCACGCUCUUAGACAUGAUGAAUGACAUUUGCAUUGACAAAAAGCAGCAACUUUAUAUAAUCAAUUAAGAAAAUGAUAAACAUAGUCAUUAGAGCAACAUACUACAUCUUUUGUUGUAGAAAUGGGAAUAGGGACAGCCCGGACUUAAUGCAAUUGAUUUUCUUUUCUUUUCUUUUUAUUUAACAAUUCGAUCUCAAGCAGCAUUUGUAAAUUGCCUAUACGUAGCGAGAUUUACAAUAAUUAUUGUACAUAAAGUUUCCAUCAUUAUUAUUAUUUAUGGAUUUGCUGAUGCAACAAGAUGUACUGAAGUAAAUCACUGUUCGGUAUCUAUGAAUAAGUAGUACAAUAGUGCAGCACUUCUCAGUGACGUCGAUUUGACAUUUCUUACCCGAAAAAAUUUCAUUUCACAAACUUGAGAAUUUGUUACAUGAAUUAGUGAUUUUUCCACUGUGAGAGAAAAACAUUUUUAUUCUACCAAUUGUCCUAGCACAAGCAGACUCAAAAAUGAAAUAAAAUGCCAUGCUCAAAACUGCCCAAAGAAGUUCAAUUUAGCUUAGUGUUGUUUCCAUUUUGCAUUACUAGAUUAUUAUUCCCAGUUUUUGGUUCUUUUCAUUGAUUUUGGAAAUCCCGCCAGCAACAAACAUGGCAUUAGACAAGAGUUUCGAUCCAAAGUUCUGCCCCAAGACGCGGCUUCACUACAAGACAUGGAUACAACAUGGUUACGUAUUCUUGUGGUUUACGAUGGUUGUCAUUUCCAUUGCGGUGAUGAUUGGGUUAUAUUCCAGAGUCGUGUUCACUUUGUGGGCCAGGUGCAACAACGAUGAACUCACACAUCGACAGAGGGUAUUUCAUUUAACAAGUUAAAAAGUUAUACCGUGGACGUUCGCCUAGUACUGUACAAAUUUUCGACCGGUUGAAAAUUCGUGCGUUUAGGGGUUUAGUUCACAGGGAGCCUCCGUAAAGACAUUUAGACUCCCAACCGUUCAAUAAGUUGAUCGUCAAAAUCGAGUUCAAAUUUUGAGCCGGUACGAUCGAAAAAUUGAUCAGCGUGGUGUGAACACAUUGACCCCCUAAAGGCGUGGUUGCAUGAAUGCUUGGUAACUUAGUUGGAAGACGCCAUUUUGGAUUGGUUUAAGUUGUGCUCUGCGCAAGGAGAGAUGGUUACAAUGGUUAAAACGCUGAAAAAGGUAAAAUUCAACCUGGUUCGUGAGGGGAAAUAUUGAACGGUUCUAUGUGAACGAAAUGCCCGAUCAAAUUUUUUCAGCCGGUCGAACUUUCGUCCGGUACCGUGUGAACGUAACUUUAAAGCUUUUUAAAAUUCUGACGAGAUUUUUUUCUCAAUUUUACUCAAUUUUCGGUCUUCCUUCUGAUUUUAUUUCUUUCUUAACAACUUCAUUUUACUUCGUUAAUGAUAACACUAACGGUGGCUCACUUGCAUUUUUCAAGGAAAAUAACUCCCAAGUUUGAGCACGUCGCUGUUAUCAAAGAUAUAGGAAACGACCAUCACACCUUAAUCAGACAAAACAAAAAAAAUUUUUACAAUGGAACCUCGAUUUAACGGACGGCCAAGGGACUGACAAAAUUUGUUAGUUAUGACGAGGAUCUGCAUGAAACACUGGGAAAGCUUUAUGACCUCUAAUAAAUGAUAGACUCAGAGAGGCAAAAGUAAGAUUUAGUCAGAUUUUAGAAUACUCCCAGCACUGCAUAACCUUAGCGAAGGUGGCGUGGGAGGCUACUUCAAUGCAUGCAUGCUCAAGUCCCUCCCAGUGUCGUUAAAUAAGCCUGCAAGCAAAAUAAGGGUAACGUCAUUACAUUACUGUGGCAACUGCGAAGUCAACGUAACACUAUUAAGAGCAAACUUUUAUCUUUACCUAAUAUAGCUGUGGUGAUUACUUUUCCAAAUCUUUUUAAUGGCGACGUAGUUAAUACUUAAACUUGGACGUAUUGCCCGUGAAAGUCUAGUCGAGCCAACAUAACUUAAGUAGUUUUUUUGCUGAACUGUUAAAGCAAUCCCAAUAAGGGAAUGGCCCUUUGACCGACGACAAAAUGUUUUUUGCUCCAGCAAACUUUAAAAUAACCUGCAAUGGUUUUGUACUUUUUCAAACAGGGAGUGUUAAAGGUGCGAAAGCGAGUGACCUUAAUGAUUGUAACUGUCAGUGCCAUAUUUGGUAUCACUUGGCUCCCAGAUGUAAUUCUACACGUCCUCGAACAAACAACUAGCCUCAAGUUCAGUCCCGCCAUAUUUGCUGUCGUUCACACCAUCAUCAUGUUUAACUCCGCUAUCAAUCCAUUUGCAUACGCGUUAAUCAACCAGCGAUUUAGAGAAAAGAUGAAACGAUUGCUGUGCUAUAGUUCAAUUUUAUCGGAACUCAGAAGCUCCACAAAUUUGCAAUCACACAGCAUCGAGUUAAUGAACAGUAACAUCACUCAGCCACGGCCAUAG